CAUGAACAUAAUAAUAAAGCGAAUAGGAAAAAGCUUGAGUUGUGCUUUCUGCCAUGGAAACUCGUAGAACCACUGGCAAGGCCUCGUCCCUCAGAUGGCAAAUCCUUCGCCAAGCCCUUCUUCGUCGGCCCCCUCCUCAUAUUCCUGAAGAAGACCAAUCUGAAACGAGCAUCAAGAGCAUUUCAAGGAAGACCUCGCGCGGCUUCAACUUGAUUCCCUGUCAAUUAGUGGAACAAAACGACGCCGUUGCCGUUGAAGAAACGAAUCUCUCCGGCUCAGAUGAUCACCCUAGACCUAGAGAAGCUCGCUUGUGCUACACGUUGCCCACUGAAGGAGCUCCCACACUUUUUCUCACUGAAGGAUAGAUCAAAAGUGGGUUUGUUGUAUAUUUUGAAAAUAAUGGAAAGAAGUGAUCGGGCACGCGUAAUUCAUGCCAAAGAGUGGAGGAACGUGCUUACCUCGGUGAUUUUGAGAUCUGCAAUAGAUACAAUGUUGACAACACUGGGCUUGUCUGUCAUUGGCCUUCAGAAGAAGUCCUUGCUUAUUUUUGCUUGUCACAUGCAGACAUGUUCAGGUUAUGGCUUAGCUGGUUUAGUAAUUGCUGCAAUCACGGAGGCAGUAGAAGUUGUAAUAUCAGAUGGAAAUCCUCAAGUUGUUGAUUAUAUUCAGCGUAAUAUAGAUGCCAAUUCUGGAGCAUUUGGUGCUACAAGAGUGAGCUCUAUGACAUUGCAUUGGGAUCAAGAAGAAAUAUCAAAUAUCUCUAAUGCUUUUGAUGUCAUUAUUGCAAGUGACUGCACUUUCUUUAAGGAAUUCCACAAUGGCCUUGCUCGAAUCAUCAGGUUCUUGUUGAAAAAAGAGGGACCUUCUGAAGCUAUUUUUUUAAGUCCUAAAAGAGGCAAUUCAUUGGAUAAGUUUCUUGAGACAAUCAAACAAAAUGCCUUGUCUUUCAGUGUAACAGAGAAUUAUAAUGCAGAAGUUUGGAAGCAUCAUCAGGCAUUCAUGCAUGGCAAAGACUCCUGGCCCAGCUACGAAAAAGAUCAUUGCUAUCCAUUAUUAGUUAGAAUAACAAUAUGAAAUUUUGGAUGCUAUUGCCCUUUAUUUUCUACAUCUAUCCUAGGCUGUUGAAGUUCUUGGUCAAUUUUUUCCAUUGCUGGUUGAGCCAUAUGGUAGGCAUUGAUUGUAUAAUUAUUUGUAGGUUGCAGGAAAUUUUCCAUGUACAGAUGCAUGCUAAAUACGCUAUUGUUGCCUGCUCCAUUAUGUAGGUCCUCACUGAUUAUGGUUUGCCAAUUGGAAAGAAAAGCAUACAGUGCUACUGUUUCUUUUUA